AUUAUUAGGUUUUGGCUUUGUUGAGUAGUCGGCGUUAAUCUUCAAUAGCAAAGAAAAGAUAGCGACGGCCCGCUGGAGAAACUGAGAUACAGAGAGAGAUUGACAUUCAAUAAAAAAGCAAAUUAUCGACCAUGACUGUUCCUUCCCAGUAGAGGAGUGCUGUGCUGCGCUGCAGCAAUGGGGCAUGUUUAUAUCUAUGUGUUAAGAACUGAUUGAUUGAUUGAAUGAAACGAAUUGGCAGACUAUGGACAGGAGCAGGAGAUGGAAAUUGAAGCAUUGGAAGCCAUACUCAUGGAUGAGUUCGAAGGAUGAUGACACGGAUGAGUCUACUGACAUUCCAGUUCAGCUAGGUCUAGUUUUCUCCCACACGGUAAAGUAUCCAGAUGAACCACCACUUUUGAAUGUGAAGAGCAUACGAGGUAUCCAAGCAGAUUAUCUUAAAAUUUUGAAAGAAAAGCUUGAGCAAGAGUCAUUCGAAAAUCUUGGUAUGGCGAUGGUCUACACGCUAGUUACAUCUGCUAAAGAGUGGCUGUCUGAAAGGUAUUGUCAAGAUGCUAUCAAUGAGGACAUUGAAAACGAAGAGGCAGCUAAAGAUGAUGUAAUUGUCCCACAUGGAGAACCUGUUACUGUCGAGACAUUUCUGGCUUGGAGAGAAAUAUUUGAAGCAGAGUUGGCCCUUGAGCGAGCCAAGCUGAUGCCGGAGUCUGCCCUCACAGCCCCAAAGGAGAAGAAGCUUACAGGCAGACUGUGGUAUGAAAGUGGAAAAGCGAAAGGUGCAGUAGCAGUCAAUGAAGGAUCUGACGAGGAAGAUGAGGAAGAAAUUGAUUUUGAUGACGAUGAUUUUGAAGAUGAUGAAGAAGAUAUGCUUGAGCACUAUCUGGCGGAUAAAUCUGACUCUUCUCACGCUUCAAGGAGAGCUGCAUAAAUGAAAGUAUUUGGUGUUGAAAUUAAGGUUGUCGAAGGCAAGUGGAUGGGCAUUAUCGGCCGAAAAUUUAAUUUCUUUCUGGGCAUUGUCCUACACGUAUUUAUCUCCUUCUCCCCUAUAUAUUUAUUGAGUGAGGAAGAGGGAUGUGUGGAUCCGAGCGAUUUCCUUUUGUUCAAGGGAGGGGCAGGAGGGGUUAAUGUAGAGAUGCAAUCCAGAAUUUAGAACAUGUUGAGAAAAAUCUAGCACAUGAAUCGAAGUACUCUAUUUGCUGAGUUAAUCCAUUACCAUUACAUGUGGACAUUGUUAACGUGAAAAUAAAGUCAUGGUAAGGCGUGACAUAUCCAGCCUUCCAAGCCUCUCACAAGUCUCAAUCCCGAGCUCCAGCACAUAAAGGCUUCAUUCCAAUAAAUGGAAACCUAUACUGAAGAUGCAGAUAUGGCAAUGGCUGACAAACAGCAAGGAUCUGUUCGUUUCUACUGUUUGAGAUGGGGCUCCGAUGGAUGGAUGAAGGAGAACAUCAGAUACAUGUAAAUGAGCAUUUUUCGACUUAUCGAGCUGGUUAAAAACUACUCCAGCAUGACAAAAUUCAUGAAUUAAGUGUGUUGUUGAUUCUAAA